AUGCGGAGCCAGCGGCCAAGCGACUUCUGGAAGAGUCAUGCCAAAGCCCACCAGCUCCAAAGCUGGACAGGACAGGUGCUCCGGAACGAGACAGCCUCGAAGCAAGCACUCAGCCGGAGAGGUUUUUCGAACGUCAGUCAGGUUCAGCUUCGGUGCGGAAUCCAUGCCCUCAACAAUGCCCUCGGCUUCCAUUUGGUCAACGCAAAAGACAUGGUUUAUGCAGCCGAUGCUUUCUUGUUUGAGAAUCAGGAGCUCGCAGACAACGUUCAGGACCACCUUGGGCCUGAGGGAGAUUAUUCGUUCGAAGUCAUGAGCAUGGUUCUCCGCACCAAAGCCAUGGAAGCAUUCGGGCAGUUGCGCUGGCAGAUGGAAGACCGCCGCGCCAGGAACAUCAAAGACCUGGAGGGCUGCGUGGGCGCUGAGGCUCAGUUUUCCUUGCACAUAUCCAGAGCUUUAGCUUCGCAUUUCGCGACCAUGGCGCCCUGUCAGCGAUGCGGAGUGGGCACGCGCAGCGGCCAGGGACAGGGCUGGUGCAGCGACCCGCAAUGCCGGCAAGCUGAAGCAGAGGAGCGCCGAGCUGCAAAGAGGGCCUUGCAGCAAGAGCGGGCUGCUAAGGGAGCCGGCAGACGUGGACCCGUUCCCUUACAAGACAACCGUCACGCGAAGAGGCAGCAGCUGCAGACCGAGCGGGCAGCGGAGGGUGCUGGCAGCCGAGGUCCCAAGCCGGAGGAGGGCAGUCGUCGAGUACAGCGACCGCAGCUGCAGGCAGAACGAGCAGCGGAGGGUGCUGGCAGCCGAGGGCCCAAGCCGCCCAAUCCAGAGGAGGGCAGCCGUCGAGUAGGGCCCAAGCGAGAGGAAGGCAGUUAUCGUGACCAGCGGCGGGAGCUGCAAGCUGAGCGAGCAGAUGAAGGGGUUGGGAGCCGUGGCCCGAAGCCUAUCGCAACGAACAUCCAGCAGCAGGGCUACCCUUUCCCGGACGAAGCAGGCCUCAGUCCCGAAGAUGCAAUGGCCCACUACCUCGCCUUUACUCGCAGCUGGUGCAAGUUCGGGCUCUCCAGAGCAUGCGAGAUGUGCGGAACCUUAACGACAGCAAGAUAUUACAAACAAUCCAAGGCGACGGGCAAGAUGAUGUGCAAGACGUGCCGCGAGAAUGCAACCAAGAUCCUCCUACCGGAUUUGCCGCCCAUCCCAGAAGCGCUGCAAGGUCUGCAGCCCAUCGAGCAGCACCUGAUUGCCAUGGCGAGGAUCAGCCAAGUCUUGCUGGACAAGCUCCCGGCCGGUGGCCCAAGCGCGCAGUGGGGCCGCAUGUACGCAGUCUUGAUGGAAGACCCCCUCAUUUGCGACGUCUUGGCGGGCGCCACGCUCCAGGACGAUGGCACGGUUCUGGUGGAAGGCGUCCAAGGAUUGGUGGCCUCGCCGGCUCGUCUAGACUGCCUGCACAAAGCUUUGGUGGAGCUCAAGACCAAUCACCGCCUGCACAAGGAGAACCCCGCAGUGGACGAAAUCCUGGCGAGAAUGGCAGCCGUUCUGACCAACAGCUCGCCGACCUUCGCAGAUGCCUUGAGGCAAGAGUCCGGGAGAUUGCCCGGAGAAGAACCGCACAUGGCAGACGCAGCCUCAGCAGUUUUGGCGCCCGAAGAAAAGCAAGGAGAGCUAGAGAUGACCUACCUGAUUCCCAAGCAUUUCAAGGCCCCCAACCCUGAAGCUGCAGAGCUGCAGAAAGUUCGCGGCAUGUCGGCAUUGGGCGACGACAUGGACGUCAAAUUCUUCCCACACCUGUUCCCGACGGGCACCGGCGGGUGGCAGGACCAGUACGGCAGCAUCUCACAGUACGCCCGCAAGCGUCUUCUUGGCUUGGACCCGCGCUUCGAGUCGUCCGCAGCCUACAUCAUGUGGCUCCUCGAGAUGCACACCAAGAAGCGACUAACGGGCAACAUCAACGUGCGAAUCGGUGGUCAGCCAGCCUCACAUGGGAAGACGAAGUACCAG